AUGUCGAACGAGCUGAUGCAAGGCGUGGCGCUCUACAAAGAGCUGCUGUGUGUGUAUCACAACAUGGAGGAGAGUAAGCUAAACAUCGGGAGCGGAGACGUAGAGGCACUCUUCCAAAUAAAGGAAGACCUAAGUCAACCAGUAAAUUGCGACAUAAAUAAGUGUAAGGAAUUGUUAACCAAACUGAAGCUCGUGUUGAUACACCUACCUUCAGGGGAUCCCCUAGUACCUAUCGGAAAAAAAAACACAAACGAGUUACUCCUCGCAAGACAUAUAUUAGAAAAAGGAGUAAUAAUAUCAAUCCUCGAUAGAGAUAUAAAAUCGUUUUCCAUUUACAUGGCCCAAUUAUUUUUAUAUUAUUUUGAUUACAAAAACUUUCUUCCAAAAAGUGAAAACCAAAAUGGGAUCAUUGGAAUUUAUUUGUUAUAUUUACUCUCCUCAAAUUUAAUCGGUGAUUUCCACAUGACGUUAGAGGUUAUUUCAAUUGAGGAUCAGAAUGAUGAAUACAUAAAGUAUGUCCUUGAAUUGGAACAACAUAUAAUGGAUGGGUAUUUUUAUCACGUUCUUACAAAGAAGGAUAAUAUUCCAUUAUAUUUAUAUACGUUAUUUAUUGAGAGAUUGUAUAAUACCAUUCGACAUAAGCUAGCUGACUGUAUUUUUGCUUCUUCUAAUUGUAUUUCGUCUGAGUAUGCUUGUGAGUUGUUGAAGUUUGUGAGUGAAAAAGAGUUAUACCAUUUUAUUGGAGAGUAUAAUGAGACGAAGACUAGUCAGGGGGAAUGCAAUGUUCUUUGGGAAGUCCGCAAUAAGAAGGUCUAUUUUAAUAACCAGACUGUACACGUCCAGGACCUCCCCGCCCUUGAGGUGUUGAACAACACCAUCGGCUACGCCACGGAGCUCGAGCGGAUC